AUGGUCAGUUCCUGUUGUGGCUCUGUCUGCUCUGAGGAGGGCUGUGGCCAAGGCUGCUGCCAGCCCAGCUGCUGCCAGACCACCUGCUGCAGGCCCAGCUGCUGUGUGUCCAGCUGCUGCAGGCCCCAGUGCUGCCAGUCUCUGUGCUGCCAGCCCACCUGCUGCCGUCCUAGCUGCUGCAUUUCUAGCUGCUGCAGACCCAGCUGCUGUGUGUCCAGCUGCUGCAGGCCUUCUUGCUGCAUUUCUAGCUGCUGCAGGCCUUCUUGCUGCCGUCCCAGCUGCUGUGUGUCCAGCUGCUGCAGACCCCAGUGCUGCCAGAGUGUGUGCUGCCAGCCCACCUGCUGCCGCCCCAGCUGCUGCCGACCCUGCUGUGGUAGUUCCAGCUGCUGUGUGUCCAGCUGCUGCAGACCCCAGUGCUGCAUCUCCAGCUGUUGUCGCCCUAUCUGUUGCCAGACCACCUGCUGCAGGACCACCUGUUGCCGCCCAGCAUGCUCUAGUGGUUCUUGCUGCUGA